CAGUCACUUAUUUGGGAUGGUCGGCAGGAGGAGCUUGUUUGACGCACAUAAAGAAGAAACGUUUAUUACGCACAACGACCGAAAUACGCGGACAAGGAACUAUACACGAAGAACCUCAUGAAAUAUGGAUCUUAUUAAAACGACCCCGAUAUCUGUACUUUUAGUUUUGAUCCCAAAAAAUAGGGUUUAUUCGGUUUUUAACAGCCGGGUGUCUCGAUACAGUUCUAGUUUAGACAUGACGUACACCAGAAGCUUGUACGUCUAUAAAAAUAUUUUUCGGUUUUUUCCGUUUUCGGGGUUUGGAGAUUAAAUAAUCACAUGACUUUACAAGACCGUGUGUUCUAUAGAAGAAUAUAUUUACUUUAGUGACAGGGUCUGUCUAGGACACAAAGCAGAACAUUAACUGGAGUUUUAUCAGGAAGUGGACAGCUGCCAAUUUUGUCCUCAGACUCACCAAACAGCGCUCAUCACAUGCGUAAUCCGGACAUCGUGCUACACAUUGACAGGAGCUUUGAAACAGAUUUCGAGACUUUAUGCUUUAUUAAGAACUUUGUUCCCAGGAUGACAUUAGUGAAACUUUUUGUGCUGAUCUUCGUUCUAAAAGGUGUGUUUGGCUUCACUAUAUCUGGAUCAACACCAGUGUCAGUGAUGGAGGGAGAUUCUGUCACUCUACACACUGAUCUUAUUCACAUACAGAGACGUGAUCAGAUUUUGUGGAUGUUUGGACCUCGAGAGACUCGGAUAGCUGAAAUCUAUACGCAAAGUGUUAACAUGUAUGACAGUAAUAAGAUAUUUGGAGACAGACUGAAUUUGGACAGUCAGACUGGAUCUCUCAUCUUCACAAACAUCACAAUCACAGACACUGGACUUUAUAAACUAGAGAUCAUCAACUGCAUAGAAACAUCAGGAACGAAAUUCAAUGUUACAGUCUACGCUCAUCUGCCUGCUCCUGUCAUCGACAGAAAGUCUUUACAGUGUUCAAACUGUUCUGUGUCGUGUUCAGUGAUGAAUGUGACACAUGUGAGUCUCUCCUGGUACAAAGGAAACAGUUUAUUGUCCAACAUCAGUGUGUCUGAUCUCAAAAUCAGACUCUCUCUACCUCUGGAGGUGGAAUAUCAUGAUACAAACACAUACAGAUGUGUGGUGUCCAAUCCCAUCACAAACCACACACAACAUCUACUCAUCACUGAUGUCUGUCAGCCGUGUUCAGGUUUACAUCAUACUGACUUGGUUGUCAUCUUAGUGGUUACAGUCAUUCUAAUAUCAGCAGCUGGUUUGGUCUGUUUUGUCAAGAUUGUAGCAGUCAAACACUGUCGGAUCAAUAAACAAGAACCGCAGGAAUCCAAUGAAGAAGAGACGCUAUCUUUGAAUCACUUGAACAAUAUGGGAGCCACAAGUGAUAUGGUUUCUGCACCAGCAGUUUCAAAUGGAGUUUAACAUUAUUCCAGUGUCCUCCAUAAUGUUUGGGACGUUUGUUUCUCAAGCUUGGAGGAUAGUAUACCAAAUGUGAUUCCUUCAUUCCUGAAGAUUUUUCAAAGAAGCAAGAUGUCUGAUCUCUUUGACUCUGUCCACAUAUGCAUCGAAGAGGGCCAAACAGAUCUUCAGUGAAACUAAACUACAGGACAAAAAAAGUAUCCAACGUUUUUUUUUAAUUUGCAUUAAACACACGCUCCAGUAUAAGGGUGAAACGAGUGUUGGAGUAUUUAAACCAACGCCCUAUCCAUCAGAAAACGUUCUUCUGCCGCAGGGGUUUCGAAGCAACUGUAGAAAAGUUUCUUCCUGCUUGUCCAAGUAUUUGCAUAUUAUUCUCCAAAUCCUGUUUUCCCUCCUUGUUAAAUCUCAAACAUGAAAUAAUCAUGUUGCCUUGGGAUGCAGCAUUUGCAAAAACAAAUCAGUGCUGUUAAAAUAAGUGUUAUGGCACUGCCACUGCCUUCAAUGAAAUCGACUUCUCAUAAUGUGUAUCAGUAGCUUGAUUGUCUAUCUAAACAUAAACGAAAUAAAAUAAAAAUCAUUAAAAGUUGAACGUUCUAAACAGAAAGCCAGUUUUAAGUUGUUGACAGUUAUGGUGAUAUUUCACCCGAAAAUGAAAUGGUGUCAUCAUUUACUCACCCUCAGAUUGUUCCAAACCUGUAAACAUUUCUUUGAUCUGCUAAAUAAAAGAAUAUAUUUGGCAGAAUGUCAGUAACCAACCAGAUCUCGUCACCCAUUGACUCCCACAGUAUACAUUUUCCCUACCUUAAUGGGAGAUGAGAUCUUAUUGAUUAUUGAAAUCAGGAUUUGGAAUUCAGAGGCCCCUGGGAACAUGUGUCUUGUAGAUCCCCCUUCACAGACAUACCCACAAUAAAGUUUUCAAUUAGAGGUCACUGAAAUGGUGAGAUUUGGAUGAUAUUAGUGGCAUGGGUGCGAAACGCAGCAGCCAGUCGAUUAGAACUGAGUGAGGUCAUAUGCAAUUGCUGAAGAGAAAUGAGCCAGUGUAGUAAUUUAUUUACUUUGCUUCAAGUUUGGGUGAAUGUACAUGUGUGUCUGUAUGUUUCGUUUUCUGUGACAAUGAAACACAAAUAAAGAAAAAGCAUUUUGAAAAUGAACAGGAAUUUGCAUUAUCACAAGUGUUACUUGAAAUAAACAUUCACAUACCCAUCUUGUUGUGUAAUUGAUAAAAACAACGACAAUCACUGUAUUUCUUCUUAAUAAUAGCAGCAUAGAUAACUGUUCACUGUUCAUAACUGUUCAACUGGGUGCUGUUGCAUAACUCUACCAAUAGAGGGC